AGCUGACUGUUAGGGCUUAUUGCCUCCGUAAUGAGCAAAGUUAUAUGGCUAUGCCAUAGUGGCUGAAGAUGGGCCAGCCUUUGCCCAGGAGGGCCAGGCAAGAAGUAUCUGACAUGCAGCCAUUCUCAACAUAACACUAUUGGAUACAGUGGAAACCGGUACCCAUAGAAUGGCUAUUAUGACUAGAAGAGGCCGAUCGACCCACAAAAGGAAGUCUUGAUUUCAGAAAGCACUCAGAGGAUGGGAAAUUCCUUGGCAGGAAAUAAGUUCCAGGAGCUGAUAUUCUGGCUCACACGGCCCUUAUCUGUCAUCAUCAUUUUAGCCAAUCUCUUUAUCAUCCUUGGGAUCGUCUUCAACCGGAAGCUCCAUGGUGCCAUCAACUGGUUCUUCCUAAGUCUACUUUUUGCUGAUCUUCUGGCUGGGGCAGCCCUUCCAACUGUUCCCCAACUGGCCUUUGAAAAUGAAUUGGGCUACCACUAUUGCUUUUUCAUCUAUGUGGCACCCAAUUUCCUCUUCCUCUCUUUCUUAGGCAACUUGCUGGUGGUACACUACGCUAAGUAUGUGUGCAUCAUCCACCCACUGCACUAUCACAAUUCUUGGGUGUAUCGCUGGGCUGCCUUUUACAUACUCUUGGCCUGGACUGCUCCUUUGAUCUUUGCAUGCCUCCCACUCAUUUGGAACCAGUGGCAACCCCAUCUCAACUGUUCCUUCAGCCUUGUCUUCCCCAUGCCUUACCUCUACUUAGAAACCUAUGGGAUUCUCAUUCCCAGCAUCCUUGCCAUGGCCUUCAUGUGCAUCCAAGUGCUGUGCAUAGCCCGAAAGCAACUGAAGAACAUUGCAAGACUCCUUCAUUCAGUGAAUCGAGGCCAGGCCCCUUCAGCACUGGAGCAGCAGCUGGAACUGCGGAAUGCCAAGGGCAUUGCUGGGGUGUCCCUUAUCUUCUUGGUCUGCUGGGUGCCAUAUAUUGCUUGCUUGAAUAUUUCAUUGUUAGCCAUAGACUACUACUAUGUAAAUCCCCACACUCUCACUAUUGUCACCUGUCUAGGCAAUGGCAGUGCAGCUGCAGUGCCCAUCUUUCUCAGUCUUAGCAACCACCAGUACAUACAAUUCUGGAGGGACAUGGUCUGUGGAGGCUGUUGCAAAGGACAGAAGUACUGGCAAAAGCAAGCCAUGCCAAAUGCCAAGAUGCCACAUGGUAAUCUUUGCAUCCUAGAACCAAAUGGGAUACAAGGCUAUCCUCCCAAUGAAGAUUUCAAACCUUCACCAGCUGCAGAUGAAUCUUUGGAAUUAGCUAUCAAAUUUAACACACAAAUUUAACACAAGUAAAAGACUCUGCAAGAAAAUAAUUUCUACCUGUACAUGCCCAAAGAACAUAUGGAUUUCUUACCCUCCAUUGGAUUCUCUGACGUUACUGUGAAUUUCCCAAUAAGAUCUGCUUCUAUAUUAAUAUCUAAAGAAAUCUGCCGUCCUAGUAUUAGAUUGAUUUAUCUGA